AAAAAUGAUAUCAAAAGGAGAUUCUAAACGGUGUUCGUAAAUAGUUAGGAAUUUCGAAGAGCUUAAACAGUAAGUUCAAUUAAACAACUAGUUAAAAUAAGAACGUUAUAGUCAAAUCGGAUAAAUUGAUGCUAAAGGACGAGCAUAAAGAAUAAUAAAAGACGCGGGUGCAGGAAAUAGAGCUUCUUUAUUGAGUUUUGAAGUUGAAUUAAUAACAUAAACUGAAAAAUAAUUACAAUCUGGGGAUAAAAAUAACCUAUGUAAGAAAUAAAUAUCUAACAAACUAAUUGCUCAAUCUGCAAAAAGCAAAGCUGAAGCUAAGAAGAAUUUGGCUUAAGAUGCUGAAGAUUAUGAUGAACAUAGAAUUCAUUUGGAUGAACUUAAAGAAAGAUAUCAUACAGAUUUUGAUAAAGGCUUAGAAGAGAAUUAUGCACGUGAAUAAAAUAGAAUACAUGGAGAUAAUAAGUUAACUGAAAAGAAGAAAAAAUCUUUAAUAUUGAUGUUUUUAAAAGAAAUUUCUCACGGUUUUGCACUACUUUUGUGGUUUGGGUCUGCAUUGUGUUUCCUGGCUUAUGGUUUGGAUCCUGAAGAUAUUUCCAAUAUUUAUUUGGGUGUGAUUAUUAUUUUCGUUAAUUUACUUACUGGGGCUAUUACUUUCUAAUAAAAUAUGGCUUCUGAAGCUUUAAUGGAAUCUUUUAAGAAUUUUUUACCUUAAAAUUGUAAAAUUAUUAGAGAAGGAAAAGUCCUACAAAUUGAAGCUAUAAAAUUAGUCAAAGGAGAUAUUGUAUUUAUAAAAUAAGGAGAUAAAAUACCCGCUGAUCUCAGAAUUAUUUAAAGUUCAGAAAUGAAAGUAGAUAAUUCUGCUUUAACAGGUGAGGCAGAACCUUAAUUAAGAACUACAGAAUGUACUCAUCCUGAUAACUAUAUGGAAACUGCAAAUCUAGCUUUUUUUGGAACAUUAUGUAAAGAAGGGCAUGGUAAAGGAGUAGUCGUAAAAAUUGGAGAUAGUACAUGCUUAGGAUAAAUUGCAAAUCUUUCUUCAGCCGAGAAAAAAGUUAAGAGCACUUUGAAAUAAGAAAUUGAUAGAUUUGUGAUUAUUAUUUUCUUUUUGGCUGUCGGAUUAGGUAUUUUGUUCUUCCUUUUGGGACUUUAUGUUGUCGAAUAUCCUAUUUUGGCAUGUGUAUUAUUCGGUAUAGGUAUUUUAGUAUCUAAUGUGCCAGAAGGAUUACUUGGGUGUGUAACUGUUUCUUUGGCUGUUACUGCUAAGAAACUGUCUGAGAAAAAUGUUCUAGUAAAAAAUCUUGAAGGAGUGGAAACUUUGGGGUCUACAUCAUGUAUUUGUUCAGAUAAAACAGGAACAUUAACAUAAAAUGUGAUGACUGUGGAGCAUAUGUGGUAUAAUAAUAAAGUUAUUAAGGCUGUAAAUAAAUCCAUAUUAUAACCAGGUGAAUCAACUUAAUAUGAUGAAAAAGAUCCGGAUUUUAUAGAAUUACAUAAGGCUACUAUUCUUUCUUCGGAAGCUAAGUUUAAUUUAUAGAAAGAAGCUGACAUUAAUAAUGUAGAUUAUAAGAAAGUGGCGGCUUUGGGAGAUGCUACGGAAACUGGCUUAAUUAGAUUCUUUUAAUAUAUAGAAGAUAUUGAACAUACUAGAAGUUAAUAUAAAAUUGCGAAAAGUCCAGAUGGUUCAGAAGCGAGAAUGCCUUUUAAUUCCACAAAUAAAUUUGCAUUGACUGUGGCUGAAAUGUAGACUAAUAAUAGUGAUUAUUGUAUAUAUAUUAAAGGUGCACCGGAAAAAAUUUGGACUUUUUGUAAUUAAAUUUAGUAAGGUGGGAGAAAUUUAAAUAUAGAUGAUUAAUAAAAUAAGAUUUUUUAAUAAGUCAAUCUUGAUUUUGGUAAAAGAGGUGAAAGAGUACUAGGGUUUGCAAAAUUGUAGUUACCAAGAAGUGCUUAUCCGCUUGAAAAUACAGUUUUUACUGUCACUCAUAUUGAUAAAUUUAAUUUUAAAAUGGAAAAUUUCAUUUUUGUGGGACUUGUGUCGUUAAUUGAUCCACCAAAAAAAAGAGUACCAAUGGCUAUAUUGGAAUGCAGAGCUGCUGGUAUUAAAGUAAUUAUGGUUACUGGAGAUUAACCACCUACUGCAGCCGCAAUAGCUAAAUAAGUUAAUAUUAUUCCGAAAACUGUAAAGACUAAUGAUGAUCUUAUGGAAGAAGAAGGCCUUACUUGGGAUGAUGCUGCCGUAAAAUGUAAUGCUAUUGUAGUCCAUGGUGAAAAAAUUACUAAAUAUUUAGACAGGGAAAUUUAAGAAGGGUUACCACCCUUUACUUAUUUAAGAAGAUGGGUAAAUAAGCCUUAUUGUGUUUUUGCAAGAACUACUCCUGCGUAAAAAUUGUAGAUUGUAUAGGCUUGCUAGGCUGAAGGAUUUGUAUGUGCAGUUACUGGGGAUGGUGUAAAUGAUUCACCAGCUAUUAAAUAAGGUGAUAUUGGUAUUUCUAUGAAUAUUUCAGGAUCCGAUGUAACUAAAGAUGCUGCUGAUAUGAUUUUAUUAGAUGAUGAUUUCGCUUCUAUAGUUUAAGGAGUUGAGGAAGGAAGAAAAGUAUUCGAUAAUUUAAAGAAGUCAAUUGUUUAUAUACUUACUUCUAAUAUUCCGGAAAUUAUUCCUUUUGUGGCUUUUAUUAUUUUUAGAAUUCCUUUACCUAUUACUAAUAUUUAUAUGAUUGUUAUUGAUGUUGGAACUGAUAUUGUCCCUUCGAUUUCUUUAGGUUAUGAAGUUGCCGAAAUCGAUGUUAUGACAAGAAAACCAAGGAAAAAAGCUGAUCAUUUAUUAUCUUUUAGAGCUUUAACUCAUUCUUAUUUACUUAUGGGACCGAUUUCUUUAGGAGGAGGAUUUAUUGGAUAUUAUACUACUUUUAAUUAAAUGGGUUUCCCGAUUUAUUCAUUAUUUGGAAUGGCUACAUGGACUGGAUACCAUAAGCCACCUCAUGGAGAUUUCAGUGAUGGGCAUGGGUGUUAAAAUACCUAUGAUAAUGAUUGUGCAUAUUUUAAUGCUAAUUUUAUGAAUCCUGAGGCUUCUAGUUGUAUUGAAGAUGAAGAAAAUGCUUAUAUUGAGGAAUGGGUAUUAAAUUGGCUUACAAUUCCUGAUGGAAAUUAUGAUUUGAGAAAGGCCUUUAUAUAUUGUGAUAGAUUAACUGGUAAAUGGAGUCCGAAAGUCAAAUGGUCUUAUUGCUAAAAAGAAAACUAUCACUCACCUAUUACUGAUGAAACAGCUUGUUAUACUACUGAGGCUUUGAAAUAUGCGUAAACUGCUUGGCUUUUAGCUAUUGUAUUCUUUUAAUGGAGUAACGUUAUUUGUUUGAAGGGAAGAUAAACUUCAUAUUCUGUUAGUUGCCCAAAUAAAGUUAUGUUCUUUGGGAUGAUUUUGGAAAUUAUCAUUUUAGUUUUCUUAUGUUAUACACCAGGGAUUUAAAUUGUUUUUGGAUCAAGACCGAUGACUUGGUGGUAGUUUGGGUAACCGGCUAUGCCUUUUUCGAUUUUAUUGAUGCUUUUUGAAGAAACUAGGAAAUAUUUAAUUUAGAAAUCUAUAUGGUUCGAAAAACAUUCUUUAUGGUGAUUUGAAAGUAAUUGUUUUUUUGAAGUAUGGAUAUAAACAAUAAUUAUUAAAUGAUAUAUAUUUAUUUUAUAUAUCUAAUUUGUUUUAUUAUUUUAGUAAAAUAUUCACUUUUUUUUAUUU